AUGUCGCGCGGGAAGGACUAUGGCGCUGGAGUAAGUAAGAGCGAUUAUUAUGGAGGAGAAGAAUUGAAAGGUUUGAACUGGUGGGCGAGUGAGUCGCUGUUAAGGACUCUCCAAGCGUCUGACUACAAUUCGACGCUUCGUUACUUUUUACUGCGAAAGGGAAGACGGCCGCAAGGCGAAGUCAAGGGCGGCGUGGGUGGGCAGGAGGGGGGCGGGGGAGCUGUCUUGUCGCGUGGCGGAACUCAGCGCGAUGCGACGGCCGCCGGGCACGCAAUGGGCACGGCGCGGGCCCCUCAAGAGCCCAUCUUGUCGCGCCUCUUCGCCCUUCCCCUAUCAGAGUUCCCAUCGAGCGGACGUCCCGGCGACUCGCUGCCUCUGCAGCGUGGUCUCCACUGCCUUUCAAAGGUGCAGGCGUCCUAA